AUGCCACGCCUACCAGCGGCGAAGCGCCGGCGCAUAACACCGCCCGACUCUGAUCCUGCAUCGUCGGAAGACGCUUCACCAGUCGCCGCAGAAUUCUCUCGUAACGCGGCGCAAUGGAACCUAGAGCAAGACUACGAGAACCGGCCGCGCAAACUAGGAAAAAAAGGCAAAGAGAGCUCCCGCCUGCCCAUCAAGACCGCAGAAGGGUGGAUAGCGCCAGCACCAGAGCCCACCACAGCAGAAGACGAAGAUGCGGACAGCUUCCUAGGCUCCGGCGCCUCAGACGAAGAAGCGACAGACUCCGACGCCGAGGCAGAAGAGGCAGUUGAGGAAAAGCCGAAAGUCUCCCAAAGACAGCAGAUCAUCGAGGCGAAAGAAGAGUUAGCGCGGCUCGCUGCCCUCGUCAACGAGGAUCCAGAGGAACAUGCGGGAUCGCUGCGGGCGAUGGCGCAGAUAGGCGCGUCGGCGAAUGUCACGGUCAAGAAACUGGCGCUGGCGAGCCAGUUGGCGGUGUAUAAGGACAUCAUCCCGGGAUACAGGAUACGGCCGCUCUCGGAGGAGGAUAUGAAGACGAAAGUCUCCAAAGACGUCCGGAAACUGAGGAACUACGAGCAGUCGCUUGUCGGAGGGUACCAGAGCUACGUGCGGGAGCUGGCGCGAUAUGCAAAAGGUAGCAAUCCGGGUGCGUCCGAGGACGUGGCUAGUCUGGCUGCUGUGGCCAUCAGCUGUGCUUGCAAUCUGCUGGUUUCGGUGCCGCAUUUCAAUUUUAGGGGAGAGAUUCUCAAGAUUCUGGUCGACAAGCUGAGCGUCAAGAGAGUGGACGACGACUUCGUCAGGUGCCGGGAGACAUUGGAAACCCUGUUCCGGAACGACGAAGAUGGUAACGCUUCGCUGGAAGCGGUGGGGAUGCUCACGAAGAUGAUCAAGGCACGGAGCUACAACGUGGACGAAAGCGUUCUAAAUACCUUCCUGCAUCUUCGCCUGCUAUCCGAGCUUGCUGUCAAGGGGUCCCAUACAAGCAUAGAUAGCCCCGAAGCUGACGACGACUCCAAGAAAGGCAAGAAGCUCAGAGAGAAGCGCGAGUUUAGGACAAAGAAGCAGCGCAAGCUCGCAAAAGAGAACAAAGCCAUAGAGAAGGAGAUGAAGGAGGCGGACGCCGCAGUAAGCCACGAGGAGCGUGACCGGAUGCAGUCUGAGACGCUGAAGCUGGUCUUCGCGACCUACUUCCGCGUACUCAAGGCGCGGAGGCCUGCCCUCAUGGGCGCCGUGCUCGAGGGGCUCGCGAAAUACGCCCACCUCAUCAACCAAGACUUCUUCGGCGACAUCCUCGAAGCACUGAAAGACCUCGUCUCCAGCGCGGAAACGUCGCACAACGCCGACGACGCCACCGAAGACGACCGCGACGAAAGCGACGUCUCUCGAAACGUGACCCGCGAAUCCCUCCUCUGCGUAAUCACAGCCUUCGCCCUCCUCCAAGGCCAAGACGUCUCCAAAGCCGCCUCGACCCUGCACGUCGACCUCAGCUUCUUCAUCGCGCAUCUCUACCGCACCCUCUACCCGGUGUCGCUGAACCCGGAUAUCGAGCUCAGCGCCAAGUCCGCUCGCCUCCCCGACCCGCACGCCCCUGAUUCAGCAUCAGCGCCAUCCUCGAACAAGAUAAACAUACAAACCACAACUGUCCUCCUCCUGCGCUCCCUCUCCUCCGUGCUCCUCCCCCCGCAAGCCCUGCGCUCCGUGCCCCCAACCCGCAUCGCUGCCUUCACGAAGCAGCUCCUAACCGCCUCCUUACACCUGCCAGAGAAAUCCUGCACGGCGAUGCUGGGCCUGCUGGGCCGGGUGACGAAGGUGCAUGGGGCUAAGAUCGGGGGAAUGUGGUAUAGCGAGGAGAGGAGGGGGGAUGGGGUCUUUGAUCCGCUGAGGGGGGAGGUCGAGGGGAGUAAUCCGUUUGCGGGGACGGUGUGGGAGGGGGAGAUUUUGAGGUGCCAUUUUUGCCCCGGGGUCAGGGAGGCGGCGAGGGGGGUGGAGAGGAAUGUUUUGGAGUCGAGGUAG